GCGCCUGGCGGGACCAUGGCUCCGGUGGCGCAGCUGCCGCUCUUGCUACUGUUGCUGCAUCCUCCGCACGCCACGCCCGCGCCUCCUGCCCGUGACCCCUUCGCCCCUCAGCUCGGGGACACGCAGAGCUGCCAGUUGCGGUGCCGCGAUCGCUACCCUAGUCUGCAGCCCUCGCAGGAGAAGCUGGAGCAGGAGGACCCUUCCAAGUCCCAGAAUGAAUAUGACAGGGCCAUCUUCAUCAGUGCUUGUGAGCGAGGCUGCCGCCUCUUCUCCAUCUGCCGGUUUGUGGCCAGGAGCUCCAAACCCAAUGCCACCCAAGCUGAGUGUGAAGCAGCCUGUGUGGAGGCCUACGUGAAAGAGAUGGAGCAGCAGGCCUGCAACGAGGGCUGCUGGAGCCAGAACCCUGAGCUGGAGCCUGAGCCAGAGUCCAUGCAGAAGAGAAAGGUCCUGGAAGGUCCGAGCAGGGUUCUUUCCCUCCUGGACUUGUUUUCCACCCUCUGCAAUGAUCUUGUCAACUCAGCCCAGGGCUUCGUCUCCUCCACCUGGACGUACUACCUGCAGACUGACAAUGGGAAGGUGGUGGUGUUCCAGACCCAGCCAGUGGUAGAGAGCCUAGGGCAUGAGGGGGCCCGUCUGCAGCGAGUGGAGGUGACCUGGCGAGGAUCCCAUCCUGAGGCCUUGGAGGUGCACGUAGACCCUUUAGGCUCUUUGGACAAGGUGAGGAAGACCAAGAUCCGAGUCAAGACCAGCAACAAGGCCAAGGUGGAAUCUGAUGAGCUGCAGGACAAUGACUUCCUCAGUUGCAUGUCCCGGCGCUCGGGGCUUCCUCGCUGGAUCUUGGCCUGCUGCCUCUUCCUGUCUGUGCUGGUGAUGCUGUGGCUCAGUUGUUCCACCCUGGUGACUGCUCCUGGCCAGCACCUUAAGUUCCAGCCCCUGAACCUGGAACAACAGAAGGGCUUCAUGGUAGAGCCAGACUGGCCUCUGUACCCUCCUCCAUCACACGCCUUUGGUGAUAGUCCCCCACCCUACAAGCUAAACCUGGACCUGACCAAGCUGUAGGCCUCCCUUGACCCACUGCCAGGGGCAAGGGCAGCUCCAUCCUCACUGCCCUGUGCCCAGGAGUCCAGGCCAGGGUGAGACCAUCCUUGGGCUUCUGCACCCCCAAAUCCUUCUCUCUCCCUGGUCCCAUCCCUCACCCCUCUGGGUCCUGGGGUCGCCUUGCUGCCACUUGGGGGGUGGGAUCUGGCCUUUGUGUGUCCCUGGGCUUCCUUUCCCUGGAUCGUGCUACUUUUUGUUUUCUAAUGUGUAGCUUCGUGAGUAUUUAAACCCAAGUUCUGUGCUGCCUUCCUCCUUCCUCCUUUUUCCCCUAGAGGGGGUGGGUUUCUGAGGCUUCAGGGGAAACAACUGUCUUGUGCUAAGGCUCCCCCCUUUUCUCCCACCUCACCUCCAGAGAUCCAGUCCCAUGGGAGGAGGCCCUCUCAGGAGGAGGCUGUGGGCAGCUCCAUGCUGGGAGGGUGGGUGGCUGAGGGUGGAAUUGCAGCAAGGGGGUCAGGAGGAAUAAACCAUGUACAUAAAAGA